UUCAGGGGGAUAGAGGAUAUACCUCGUUGGUUCGCCAUGUUGAGCGUACCUGAGCGGUUCAGGAGGAAGUAGCGCGCUCCCUGGAGGAUAGAGGUGAGGGAGUGGCUUUGAGAAUACCUGCCAACUCGGGCUCAGAUUCGGAAAGCUCCCAGCUCCCAACGGUCCGUUAGCGACCAUUCGCUUUUUUUUUUUCAAUAACCCUUGUAUAUAUUUUUUAAAAGAAGAUAAAGACCAUAUCAGGAUGAUGUGGGAAUGAGGGCCACCCUACCCUGAGAAUGUAUGAGGUUAUGUCCGGGGACACGAGAACGCUGUCCUGGAAGGUUCCCAGUCCAGGUGCAAACCAUUCUCCCAUCAGCCCCGAGACCAGCAUCACGGGAGAUGGAGGCCCCGUCAAGAUUCUCAAGGUCUGCUUCUCCACCAACAACAACCUGGGCAAGAACUUCAAGCUGGUCAAAUGUGACUCCUCCACGCAGAUCAGGGGGAUCAUCCAGUCCAUCCUGGGCAGCGGGCGGCUGGGGCCCAACAUCCUGCACAGCGCCUGCUACGGCCUGCUGCUGACCCACCUGAAGUCUGAGGACCUCCACUGGCUCCACCCCGACCUGACGGUGGAGGAGGUGGAGCAGCGCUACGAGAGCCAGCAUGCAGAGGCCGAGUGGAGGUACGACCUUCGGAUCCGAUACAUCCCCGUGAACUUCCUAGAGAAGUUCGACCAGGACAGGACCACCUUGUUCUACUUCUACAGACAGGUACGCACUGAAUACAUGGAGAUCCACGCCUCCAAGGUCAGUGACGGCAUGGCCAUGCAGCUGGGCUGUCUGGAGAUCAGGAGGUUCUACAAAGACAUGAACGCCAAGGGGCUGGAGAAGAGGUCCAACUUUGAGCUGCUAGAGAAAGAAGUGGGUCUAGAGCUCUUCUUUCCCAAGAAUCUGAUCGACAGCAUGAAGUCCAAGCACCUGAGGAAGCAGAUCCAGCAGACCUUCCAGCAGUACGCCACGCUCAAGGAAGAGGAGUGCAUGCGCAAGUUCUUCGUGGCCCUCAGGGAGGUGGUGAACUACGACGAGGAGGUGUUCCCCUGUGAGCUUGUGCAAGGCUGGAGCCUGGCCGUGGAGCUGGUCAUCGGCGCACGGGGCAUCCGCCAACGCCAGCAGAAAGACGCCGCGCCGGUGUUUCUCGCAGACUUCAAACACAUCAAAAGCAUCAAAUGCUUAGCCCAGAACGACGGCAAGGCGCUCGUUACCCUGGAGGUGGAGGGUGUCAGACAAACUCUCUCGAUCAACACGGCCACGUUCUCCAUGGCGGAGAACAUGGCCGACCUGAUCGACGGCUACUGGCGCCUGGAGAAGGGAACGGAAGAGUCGUGCAUCUCCCGGCCAAAUAAAGACGUCAACACACAGAGCUCCCUACCUGAGAUUCCAAAGGACAAAGAGUCAAGCAACUUCAGAUACAGCAUGGGUUCCGAUAUUUACUGUGAGAUUAUGGAUGAAAGGCCCAAAUCUGCGGUGAAAUACGGGAUCGACCGCGCUGACAUCUCUCUCGGACAGAUCCUGGGCUCCGGCUUCUUCGGCGAAGUGUAUGAAGGAGUUUACAAAAACCUUAAUGGAGACAAGACAAGUGUGGCAGUGAAGACCUGCAAAGACUGCUCCCCGGAUGUCAUGGAGAAGUUCAUGAGUGAAGCAUUGAUUAUGAAGAACCUCAACCACCCAAACAUCGUGAAGCUGAUCGGGAUCAUAGAGGACGACCCUGUGUGGAUCGUGAUGGAGCUCUACCCCUUUGGAGAGCUGGGGAGCUACCUGGCGAAGAAGCAGGACGAGCUGACCAACAUCACCCUGGUGCUGUUCAGCCUGCAGAUCUGCAAGGCACUGGUGUACCUGGGAGGGGUCAAUAUGGUGCACAGAGACAUCGCGGUGCGCAACGUGCUGGUGGCCAGCGCCGACUGUGUGAAGCUGGGGGACUUUGGCCUCUCCAGGUACAUAGAGGAGGAGGAGUACUACAAAGCCUCUGUGACGCGGCUGCCCAUCAAAUGGAUGGCUCCAGAAUCGAUUAACUUCAGGCGCUUCACAUCGGCUAGCGAUGUCUGGAUGUUUGCCGUGUGUCUGUGGGAGAUCCUGAGUCGGGGCCAGCAGCCGUUCUUCUGGCUGGAGAACCGGGACGUGAUCAACCAGCUGGAGCAGGGCAUCCGCCUGCCCAAACCGGAGCAGUGCCCCCCGGCCCUCUACUCCCUCAUGACCCGCUGCUGGUCCUACGACCCCCGGGAGAGACCCACCUUCACCGACCUGGUCAUCAAGAUCAGCGACGUGCACAACAUGGAGAUUGAGCAGGACGUCGAGAGGCAGAGGGACCGAGCUCGGACCACCAAGGUCUUCGAGAGCAAGUUCAACUUCAACGAGCCCCCGCCCAAGCCGUCCAGGAUGAAACCCGGGCGAUUCGGCAACAUGCUGAGCAUCGGACUUCACAUUCAGCUGAACGAAGCACUUUGUGCCAGCUCCCCUGACCUGGCUAGCCCGUCUAACUACCAGUCCCCCUUGGACUCCAUGAACGCGCUGAUGCCGCCCGCGCUGUCGCCACGACGACGCAGCAUGGGGGAGGGGGAGUUCCCCAGGGUGGAGGCCAGCAGCAAGGAGGAGGCCCAGCGGCUCUGGCAGCAGGAGCGUGACCACAGGCACGACACGCUGCGCCGCCAGAAGAGGGAGAUGGCGGAGGACGAGCAGUGGCUGGAGAAGGAGGAGCGACUCCUGGACCCCAUGGGACCGGAGGAGGGCCCCCCCACUGCGUCACCGGACGCGGAGGAGGAACAUGCACCUCCGGAGAAGCCCCCCCGUCUCACUGCACAGCAAGCCCCUACUGCAGAGCUGGACCGGUCCGGGGACAAGGUGUACCAGUCUGUGAUGGAGCUGGUCAAGGUGGUGGUGGAGCUCAAGAACGACAUCCCCACCAUGCACCCCGACGAGUACAUCGGCAUCGUCAAGUCUGUCGGGAUGACCCUGCGGGAUCUGAUCCACAGUGUGGAUGAGCUCAUGCCCACCAUCCAUGAGUCUGUACGGACAGAGCUGGAGGGCACCCAGAAGCUGCUGAACAACGACAUGGCGGAGCUGAUCAGCAAGAUGCGUCUGGCCCAGCAGAACGCCAUCACCUCGCUGAAGGAGGAGUGCAAGAAGCAGAUGCUGGCGGCCGCGCACACACUCGCCAUCGACGGCAAGAACAUGCUGGACGCCGUGGACCAAGGGCGGGUCAGGGCCAACCAGGCCAAGCCCAAACCCAUGGACUCGUAGUGGGGUACACUGUGAAGCAGCUCUAGGGUGGUGGUGGUGGUGGUGGUGGUGGUGGUUUGUCCCCACACACACCACCACCUACAAACCUGAGCCCUCAAGCCUGAAAGCACGUUGAUGUUAGAGUGUUCUGCUUCCACAACAUCAAUUCUAGUUUUGGCUGAAAGGUCGGACAUGGAUGCCAUUGGUCGGGGAUUUGUGUCGUCCAUUCUGAGAAACGUUGUCAACUUUUUUCGGGAACAUGGUUGAUGUUGCCUCACAACGCACGUAAGAAGCAGUACUCUCUUGUAUUGGAACAUAGCCGAGCGGGGCAUCUGUCCCUGAAGCCGGGGCAGGUACAGAUCUGCGUCCCAAAUGUGGAUGCUAGCAGGCCGGGGGGAGGAGCGGUUUAAACAAGCAGUGGCUCUGAUAUUUUCAGUUCAAGAUUUGUUUUCUUUGGAAAAAACGGUACCUGUUUGAAUAACUUUUUUAGAUAAAUCAACUCCAUCAGCAAACUUUUCCUCUAUUGUAGAUAUUAAAGUUUUCGUACAACCCCCAUAUUUAAUUUGAUGGAAAAAGGAAAAAAACUAAAUAAAAUAUGCAACAUUUUACACAUAAUCGGCAGAAUAGUUCUGCUAUUGAUACAACCUUAGUCAUUUUUACAUAAAAUGUGAGACUUUAUUCUUCGUUAAAAAUGAGAAAAUACUGAUCGAGACAUUUAUACAAUACUUGGAAAAUAUUUUCUAUAUCGACCUUGAGUGCCUUUCUAUGUGGAUGCAUUAUAUGUCAUCAUCUUCAUCAUCAAUAUUAUGUCAUCACAACAUUGGAAUUAAUGAAAUAAAACUGUAAAUGAUAUUGGUAAAACUCCAUGUCUGUAAACAACAUUAAUAAGCUAUUAGUGAAUGAUGAAUUACAUGAAUGUGUUAUCAUAUUAUAAACAUGUGUAUCAUUACUGAUACUGUUGAUGGAGGACUGAAGUGUAUCAAAUAUAAAACAUGUUUUAUGAGGUAUGACUGUAUGUAUUCAAUCGCUGAUUGGCAUUUUGUGUGAUUUUGUGUGUGUGUGUUUUCUGUGGCACUUUAAAUAUGUAAUGGGACAUUUGUUAUGGGGUGCGUUAUCGUUUCAUCAUGACCUCAUAGCUUGUUAGAUAUGUGAACAGAAAUGAUUGUGUUACCAAUAAAUCACACCUACAUACGAUCGCUCAUUAGGUAGGCAUGGGAAAAUAAUGUGAAAGCAGCAGUCAUAGACAAACAUCUAAUAAACGCAUGUGUUUAUUAAAUGUUGGUUUAAAUGAUAAAUAUAGUAUAAAAAUGUGUAAUAAAUAAGUCAGAAAAAUAAUAAAAUAAAUACAUAUUCAUCUUUUUUUAUCAGAAGCAGCAGCAAAGUGAGUCAUUCAGUAGAAGUAGAAAA